AUGAGUGCUUCUACGGACUUUUCCUGCGAUUACUGGAAUCCCAACCACUACUAUAGAAACAACUAUUUCUACGAUACCCAGAGAAUUCCCGGAUACGAUUCACCAAUUACGAAUGUACCAGCCAAAGAUGAGUCAGCCACCACCAACGCAAAUCACCUACCCUAUCCGUUCUUCGGUGACAAUCCGUAUCAAAUCAAAGACGCCACAUAUCAAGUUAAAGAAGAGGUGACCUACAGCAACUGUAGGUUCAACAUAAAUCAGAGUUAUUUAGGUCCGGACACCGGCACGGAUAGUUCUUUGAGCCCACCGCCUAUGAACAAGAACUACAUGGGUAAUCAGGGUCAGUUUGAUAGUUGUAGGCGAUACGAAUUGAGUCCGGUUGGAGAGAGUGACAGCUGUGAUAAGGAGAUAGACCAAGCAAAAAAAACAGCCAAAGCGGAGGACUCGCCAGCAUUAAGGGCUUUAUUAUCUAAACCUGCCGGCAAGAAAAUUGCAUAUGAUUACGGCGAGCUCCAUAAACCGGCUAAUAAUGGCUAUCACAAAAAUCGCUUUGAUGAUGGUUUUAAAGGUUGCGCCGAAGAUAAGAUCGCUGGUGAUAAUUUACAAUCUGUUCAAGCCAGUUUUUACCCGUGGAUGAAGACGUCACAUGGUGAUAUAAGUGCCAAAGGAAGCAAAAGAACAAGGCAAACGUACACACGAUACCAAACGUUGGAGCUCGAGAAAGAGUUCCACUUCAACAAAUACCUCACAAGGCGUCGCCGCAUUGAAAUAGCACACACGUUGUGUUUAACCGAGAGGCAGAUCAAAAUUUGGUUUCAAAAUAGAAGGAUGAAAGCAAAGAAAGACGGAAAGUUAGCUUUCCUACAGCAGGAUUUCUCCCCUCUAGACGACCUUAGCGUAAAUCAAACGAUGUACCCCUCCCCUUCGGAUGUUCCCAAUCCCUUUUAUCAGAAUUGCGUACAAGAAAAUCGGGAAAUACCGCGGGAGAGUUUAAUGUCGGAUGAGAACAGAAACUCGUUUAGAAACGACCUGGCCAAACCAUUGACUGCAAUAAAAAAUAUUCCAGGUCCUCCAUUAACUCCCUGAAUACUUCAAAUUUCUGAUUUUUUGGUUUUUGAAAGAGCUUAUAUCAAAACAUAAAUACAGUCGGAAA